AUGAAGCUCGGCUUUGCAACCUUCCUGCUUGUUUGUCUUCUUCUCAGCUCCUCCGUAUUUGAGGUUACAAUGGCUGGUUCAUCUUUCUGUGACUCCAAGUGUGGGGUGAGAUGUUCGAAAGCCGGAUAUCAGGAGCGGUGCUUGAAGUACUGUGGAAUCUGCUGUGAGAAAUGCAACUGUGUUCCAUCUGGGACUUACGGAAACAAGGACGAGUGCCCUUGCUACAGGGACCUCAAAAACUCCAAGGGCAAACCCAAAUGCCCUUAA